ACACUGGGAGUUCUCAGAGUGUCACCCGGGGUCAUGCAGUAACCACUUGUAUAUAUGUUACACAUAUCACACUACCAGGAAAAGUACAUGCAGGUAUAUAAACGUAGCGCUGUGGCAGAGCAGACAUCAUUUGCCAGCCAUGGAGCUCCAGAGCGCCGUCAAACUGCUGAUCGUCGGCCAGGCGCUGACUCUGGCCGCUGUUGCCGGAGAGGAGGUGUUUGACAGCGAAACCAACAUCACGUCGAUAACCUACUCGGCCUCGGAGCUUCGUCCGAUUCUGUUCGACGUCGGAGACGACAGCAUCAAGGUCAAUCUCCAGGGCUGCACGCACCGCAACAACCUCGUCUGCUGCUUCAACCGGCCUAUGCUGGAGAACCUGCCGGCGCCGCGGCUCUGCUCCUCCUUCCUCUCUGCGAGCUGCUGCUACAUGCUGCCGGGCCGCGACAAGUACCCGCGGCUGCCGGCUGACCUGGUGCCGCUGCUGCCGACUCUGACACAGAGCGGCCAGUGCGAGCAGCGCAGGCGCGGCCGGCGCGUGCUGCACUGCUGCCGCGGCGCCGAGCCCUCCGACCCGAACCCGUCCGGGCGCGCGGCGCGCAUCUGCAGUGAUGUGGGCGACAUGCGCUGCUGCUACCACCCGUUCGCCGGUCACCGGAUGACCUCAGUGCUGCAGGCUGCCGAGGACGAGUUCAGGGGAGUGUUCGGGGUGAAGCUGGUGAACCACGCACCCCCGCGCGGAGAUCGCCUGGCGUACACGAUCGACAGGCUCCGUAAGCUGAGGGCCCGCACGCAAGCUGCGAGGGACAUCAUCGGAUAAAUGACAUUUACGCACACAUGCGGUCUUUUGCAUGGCAACAUUUUUUGCCCUUACUGGCUUAUUAGUCGCCAAGUACAUGUGAUCACAGAUGUUUUUGUGAUAUGUAUGCUGUAUGCAUUAUUUCCCUAAUUACUUAUUUUGCAAGUUUAUUAUGUGUGCCCUAUAGCAUGCAUGCGAUACGGCCUGAUGAGAAUGCAUUUGAUCGUGUCGUUCACAUUGAGAAGAUGAGCUUUAUUCAAGAUUUGCAAUAAAUGAAGUGGUAACGUCACAAA